UCAGAGGGUAAAUCAUAGCGGUUCUCCCCGCAGGGGGUAUGAGAAAUAAACGUAUACCAAAUGGACUCUCCCAUUACCACAGCUACUGAUGUUGCAGUUAGAAAUCUGGAGUGUGUUAGAAAAGCCGACAGGAGUGUGUGCUAUUAAUAACUUCAAGAAGUUUUGAGGAAUUUAUUUCUACCAGUCGCUAUGGAUAUAUAAGAAAAGUUGGAGUACAGAAAAAGUUUUAUAUAUGUAAUGAAAAGAUUGAAAUGUAGAUCGCGCUAUUUAUAAAGAAUUAAACUAGUUUUAUAAUAAAUCUUUUUUUUUAUCUCUUUUUGAAGUUCUCUGAUAUAAAAAAAAGUGUUUUCUUUCAAUAUAAAUAAAGGAAAAUAUGGAGCUUUUUGGAUUAAGCCUCUCAGACGUGUGUAAUAUGUGUUCGUAUCACAGGAAAUGCAUCUCAAGUAGUGUAUAUUAUGGAAUAGGAAUAGUUUUAGUGUUACUCGGUGUAAUUUGUGAUCUCUCAAAGGCUUAUAAUAUAGACCUUACGACCGCCACCAUUCAUUCAGGGGAGACUCGAAGUAUGUUCGGUUUUUCGGUGGCACUGCAUCAAGACCAGGGAUCUAAGUGGUUGUUAGUUGGUGCCCCCAAAGCUUCUACCCGCCAACCUGGAGUAACUCGAGGUGGCGCUGUAUAUAGAUGCCCAGUAGAUACCGGUAGUUAUUGUCAAGAAAUUCCAUUUGAUACAAAAGGUAAUGGUAUACGUCACAAUGGCACGCAUUACGUAGAUGUUGAAGACAAGUCAGACCAAUGGUUUGGUGCCUCUCUUUACAGUUCUGAAAAUGGCAUCAUAGUGGCAUGUGCACCUAGGUAUGUGUAUUUUUCAACGCGGUUAGACAAGCGCGAGCCUGUAGGAACUUGUUAUGUAGCUCGACCAUCGUCCACUGAUUAUGAAGAGUAUUCACCAUGUCGGUCGCGUGUGGAUGGGUUGCCAUUGGUUACGGAUCAGUUUCACCAGCAAGGGUACUGCCAGCUUGGAUAUUCUGCUGUUUUAACCGGACAAGGGAGACAAUUAUUGAUUGGUGCUGUUGGAAGCUGGUAUUGGCAAGGUCAAAUUUUCAACUUCAACUUUGAAAAUGGCCCAGGACGUUACCAAGCAACAAAAGAAGGAAGGGCCAGGGAUGAUUACUCUUAUAUGGGAUUUUCGAGUGCUGUUGGCAACUUUGAUUCCGAUGACAAAGAAGAUUAUGUUGUCGGUGUACCUAGAGGGCGCCAGUUACAGGGAAAAGUUGUCAUUUAUACACAAAACCUUACAUUGAUCAAAACUAUAAAAGGGGAACAGUUUGGCUCAUACUUUGGAUACUCUGUAGCAGUUACAGAUCUUGAUGGGAACGGGUUGGAUGAUAUCGUUGUGGGAGCACCUUUUUUCUCGGACUUUAGUACAGAUAACUCUUAUGAAACUGGCAGGGUCUACAUUUUCUAUCAAAUGGCAAAGGUCAAUGGGUCAUUGUCUGGUAUAUCGCAGAAGAAGAAGAAGGAUAUAAUAGAUGGACAUGAUUCGCAGUCUAGAUUUGGUCUCGCUGUGGCGGCCAUCGGAGACGUGGAUUAUGAUGGGUAUAAUGACAUAGCUAUAGGUGCCCCGUACGGUGGUAAGGAUGGACGAGGUGUGGUCUAUAUUUACCAUGGUUCGAUGAAAGGAAUCAUUACAGACGUACAACAGGCCAUCAAAGCUGAUGAUGUACUAUCAGGGACGGAGACAUUUGGUUGGUCAAUUGCUGGCGGGAUAGAUAUGGAUGAUAAUGAAUACCCGGAUAUCCUAGUUGGUGCUUAUAACUCCAAUAAAGCAGCUUUCCUCAGGAGCCGUCCUGUUGUUAGAGUGACACCCACUAUAAGAAUAGAUCCACAAGAUAUAACGCUCGGACCAGAAAAUGAAAAAUGUGUGAUUGGUGAUGAAAUGGCUACAUGUGUAACAGUCUAUACCUGUGUACUAUAUGCUGGCAUUGGAGUACCCGGAAAGCUAGAUUUUGAGGUGAAACUCAAGUUUGAUUCAUUGAAGAAUGACACGAGUCGUGUUUAUUUUAUCAAUGCAAGAACGAAACGUGAAGAAAAGAAAACUAUUGAAGUGUUUAAGGACAGGCAAAAGUGCUUCUCUUUCUUUGGAUAUUUAGUGAAAAAUGUACGAGACAAAUUGACACCCAUUGUCGCCAAGUUCAGUUUUGACAUAAUUGAAAGGAAGUCUAGACAAAGACGCGAGGUGCAGCCAAUAUUAAACAUGCGUAUUCCGACUACCGUCACAGCUUCCGCCAACAUUAGUAAGAAUUGUGGUAAAGAUAAUGUAUGUAUACCAGAUCUGUCUGUCACAGCCAUGCAGACUCGGGACUCAUACACACUUGGUCAAGAUGACAAGAUUGAGAUUCUAGUGUUUGUGGAGAACCGUGGAGAAGAUGCAUUUGAAGCUACACUAAAUAUAACAUUUCCUCCUGGAGUUGAGUUUUAUAAGAAUAAAAAUAUAAAAUAUGAGAUUCAAAUGUCAUGUUCAAUAUUUAGAAAUGAGUCGUACAUUCUUUGUGAUCUUGGAAAUCCAUUACCAGCAAAAUCUAGGACCAACUUUACACUGAUAGCUACUCCAAAAUCUAUCAAUGAUUCUGUUGCUGAGUUAAUUCUAAAGCUACAAGUUAACAGUUCAAAUGCAGAGAACAUCACAGAUGUGUCAAACAACUUGGUUUUUGUAAACAUACCUAUACAACAGAGAGCGAAUCUAAGACUUGGAGGGACAUCAAGGCCAGAACAGUACAUAUAUUCAGAGAAGGCAGUUCGGUUAUACAGGGGCUCGGCUGAGAUAGGACCAGUGUUAGAACAUGAAUAUGUUUUAGAGAAUCGUGGACCAAGUGGUGUGAAGACAAGUCUGUUAAAGAUAGAAUGGCCCGGUGAAGACGAGAAUGGGCUGAAGUUUCUUGAAAUGAUUGACAAACCUAUCGAGUCCAGGACUGAUAUUAGCUGCCGUGUUUAUAAUACAUCGGAAGAUGAAAAUGGAAAUGAAACUGUAACUACAUACUCUGAUACCAACGGUAAUAAUCCCGUCAUCGUUCAACAGAGAAAUGUCGGCACGGAGAAUCAAUUAAAACGUCAUACAAGGGAGACAACUGAUGAUAGCGAUGAUGAUAAUAAUGUAGAAAAACGCGACGUGGAAAAACGAUCUAGCAAAGAGUUGAAAAGAGUCGGGUGUGUAACUGGUAAAGCAGGGUGCGUGUUUGUACAAUGUACUAUAGGAUAUAUGGAACCUAAAGACACUGUUAGUAUUAAAAUAAGAUCUAGAGUAUGGACGACCACUCUAAUAAGUAAAAAUUUUGCAGCCCCGUUUUACUUUGUAAGUAAAGGUACAGCAGAGGUUUUGUCAAUGCCUUAUACCAAUAUGAAAGUUGCGACAGGCACUUAUACAAAGACAACAUUUGAUGUUACAACAUACGUAAAUCCAGAAAAAUUACAUCCUAAACGUAGAGGUAUAGAGGCAUGGAUCAUCGCAGUAGCAGUUUCAGCAGGGUUACUUCUUCUUUUCUUACUUAUUGUUCUUCUUUGGUGGUGUGGGUUUUUCCGCAGAAGACGUCCAGAAGAACAGGCUUUCCUCACACCAGCAGCUCAAAAUGGCGAUUAUAAACCGGUUCAAUCUGGUGCACCAGACUCUAGAUAUCAUUACAUGUAGAUUUGAUAAGAGACUCGAAUAUAAAGUUAUAAUGUAUUGAUAGAGCUCUCUCCUUAAUCCAUACAUGUGAACUUUUUUAGAUUAUCAAGUAGGAGAUUUUUCUUCAAAAGAGGGAGAUUUUAGAAUUUGCAAUAAACAAAGAAGGAAAUUUUGACAUCAAAAUUAGGGAGAUUUCUUUAAUUUGUGAAAAUACACCAUAUUUUAAGAAAAAACUUUGAAAAUAUGGCUGCAGAAAGUGGGAGUCUCCCGCUAAAAGUGGGAGAGUUCACAUGUAUGUUAACCAUACCAUAAAAACACUGUAUGUCAACUUGAACAAUGCUGAAUUUUAUAAACCCUGUGCCACAGAUGUUGUUAAUUGCUAGUGACAGCAUUAGGGUUAAUUAAACUCAGUAUUGCAAGUGUGAUACCUGGUGGUGAUCAUGUUUUAUUUAUUAUGUAACACUUGUAUGUAACAAAACCAUUGAUUUAACAUUAAAACGACAUGAUAUAAUGACAUCAUUUAUCUUCUGGUAUUUUUGAGUUACAUGCAAAUUGUAUUCUAGAUAUUCAUUUAAAUUAAAUGUCUUGAUGUUCAUGUAAAUUGAAUUCUUGUUUUUCUUUGAAUUUUAGACUUUUAUGUAAUUAAAUUGGAUUCUAGAUUUUCAUAUAAAUUAAAUAUCGAAAUAUUCAUGUAAAUUGAAUUUCUAGAUUUUCAUGUAAAUUGAAAAUCUCGAUAUUCAUUAAAAUAAAUUCCAGAUUUUCAUGUAAAUUUGAUGUAUGGUAAAGAGGGAGCUCUAUCUUUAUAUGCCAAAUGUUUUAAACAUAUCCAUGUCUUGUAUUUAUUUUUACAUGUUUUGAAGAAAAAUGUGACAAUGUUUAAGAAAAGGAGAUACACAAUAUCAUGAUUAAUGAUUUGCAGGUGCUCAAAUCUUUGUUUAUCUGAUAUUAUAAUUAUAUUUUAAUUAUCAAAAAAAAUCCAAAUACAUGUCAUUUUUUCAUAGUGGUAUUUUUUAGUAUUUUUUUUAAGUUGAACGUAAAUUAUGAUGCUAGAGUCAGUGAAUAUUUUUCAUCUUAAUCAUCAUAUAAAAAAUAAUGAGAGAAUUGUAAGAGAAUAAAACUUAAGUCUUGAGAUGGGACAACAGAAAAACUGCAGUAACUUGAAUGAAAUAAAGAAAGAGAUACAACGGUUUUGCAAUCAACCCUAGAAUUGUAUGCACUUCUAAGUCAUCUGACUUUGAUUUAAGCAAAUAUAAUGUAAUUUUGAAAUAUGUUUUAAGAGAAGAUAAUGACAGUUUCAUUUCAAAGACUUGGGCCCAGGAAAGCACUUGUACCAGUAACUAUGCCCCCAUAUAGAAUGUGAUAUAUAACAUGUAAAAAUGGUCUAAAUUAAGAAUGUUGUGCAACCAUGUAGAAGUAGCAUAUAUACACAAAUUAGGCUGUUUCCAUUGACUGUGUAUACACAGCUCUGGGCCUGUGUAAUACUUUUAUACAUUUGUAUUUAAAUGUAUGUCUUAAUAAGUGAUUGAAAUUUUGUUUGUUUUAGAAAAUAACUUGACAUGAUUGGAAUGGAGGCAGGUGACCAUUUCUGUUAUGUUUUUUAAUAAAAAAAAAAAAGUGAAAAGUAAUUUUACUAUUUAAUUAUUUUUUUUUAGUUUUGAUAUAAAAAGUAGAUCUUUGGUGUAUUCAAAAGAAUACUAAGUUUGGUUGUUUAAAUUGUUUUGUAUGAUUUUUUUCUCGUAAUAUAUAUUGCUGAUUUUUGAAAAUAUAUAUAAAGAUUUAUGAGAAUGCGCUUUUAAAUGAUUGACACAUGUAGCCUACCUAUAUAUUGCAAGUUUUUUUGAAUUGCUGAAAUGUUGCCGUAAGAUAGUUAUAAUUAUUAUUGAGAAGGCAUGAAUUUCAAGCUCUCAAGAAUUAAUCAUAAAUUACAUGACCCCUGUAUAAUCCAUCUUUAUAAAUUUACAUCUCAUGAAUUCACACAAAACUCAUGAUUACAAUAAAAAUUCAUGAAAUUGUAAAUCCCCUCAACCAACAUGAAUUCAUGAUAUAUACAUUUUCAUGAAUGAAGUGAAAAUUCAUGAAAUCAUAAAACUCCUCCACCCCCAUAUGUAGUAUUUGUAUCAUAAAUUCACUUAAGCUCAUGAAUGCUAUGAAAAUUCAUGAAAUCAUAAACUCCUUUACCCAUUGUAUAUUAUUUUUAUCAUAAAUUCACUUAAAGGUCAUGAAUACAAUGAAAAUUCAUGAAAUCAGAAAUUACUCCAUCCCCAUAUAUAGUAUUUGUAUCAUAAAUUUACUGAAGCUCAUGAAUACAAUGAAAAUUCAUAUGAAUACAAUGAAAAUUCAUAAAAUCAUAUUCAAGAACUUUAUACGCUAGGAGCAAUAAUGACUUAUCUAUGCCAGCAGUACAAGCUUUGAAUUUUGAAUAGCCCAGUUGAAGUUUUAAGGGAUAUUAUUAUUAAAUACAAAAAUUGAGUUACCAACAGUAUUGAGCCUGGUCAGACUGCAUGGAUGUGCAGGCUGGCCUGGCUCUAUACCGAUGCCAAGAGACUGAGCACUUUAAUCAACGUCCAGCAGUUGAAAGGUUCAUAUUAUCAUUGCAAGGUCCUAGUUUAUGUUACAGUAUUUUAAUAUCUUUAGUAUCUUAAUUAUUUCAUCAGCGGAUAAACACAUGUUUUUACAUUGAUUCAUUGAUAUUUUGUAUUUACUGUAUAUAUAUAUAUACAUACAUGUAUAUAUUUACAUCAUCAUAUGCAGUCUUCAAAAGAAAUGCUCCAUUCACAUUAUUGUAGUAUAAUUAAAUCAUCCCCUCUCACAUGUGCCAUUAGUUCAUUAGUUUUUUUUUAUUUAUUUGAACUAUAAAUUCACAUGAUCAACAAAAAGUUAAAGUUUACACUGACCUGGAAAAUAAAAAUGGAAGUUUUUCUUUAAAACAGCUGUUUUGUUUAUGGAAUUCUGGUUUAAGAGGUAAUUUAACAUAAACAAAAUGAAUAUUUGGCCUAAUAAUGACACAUUUUUUUGUUUUGUUUUUGUUUUCAAUUGAAAGUGUUUCUUGAUGUUAAUUUUUUUUAAUUUUAUGUUCUUGCAAAAUAGUUUUCCAUUUUAGUUUUUAAAAUUUAUGCAAAGAAAAUAAAAUUUCUAGCCUGAAAUAAACAAUAUGCCUAAGUUUACUUUAUCAUUUAGUGCCUUCAUUUCUAUGGAAACAAAUAUAAUAUGAACUGUUUUUAUGUAUAUUUUAUGCUAUAUAUCCUGGACAGAAAUUGGUCAAAGACCAAAACGUACAAAAUGUUCGUCACCUUAGUUCAAUAACGGGGUAACUCCUAUUAAAUUAAGAAGGACUUGCGCUUUUACUGCACUGAGGUGAGAAUCAUGCACCUCUGUGCAGUAACAGUUUAACUCCUAUGAAAUUAUAUAAGAAAUUAAUCCUUUAUUGCACCAAGCUGACGACUGAUGUACAGUAAACUAGUUAGUUUUACAUGUUGUUAUGUUAUUAUUAUUUUCUAAUUUUUGUUUUGCAUGUUUGUAAUUAUUUUAGGUGUCCAUGGUAAUCAUCAUGUGAUUGUUAAGCGAGCAUUUUGUAUGUUAUAAAUUAUAUAUAACAUCAUGAAAUUUUGCUACUUUUAUAUUGUGAUUUUUAUAUAUAUAUAUGUAUGAAAGUUUAUUAUGUAUUUGAAUAAAUGCUAAAUCAGUGACAUGAAACAAGACACGCCUUGUCUGAGAAAUUCUUUUUAUAACCGUUUAUUUAUUCUAUUUGAACAUGAUUUAUAUUAAGGGAGUUAACAAUACAAGACUCAAAUAAAACUUGUGAUUAUUUUUCUUAUUUUCUAGCAAUAAUGUUCGAUAAGUAGUUAGUCACUUGCUGUGUGAAAUUCAUAAUUACUGGUUAGUUAUCCAGAAAAGCUGGUUAACUGGAUGACUGCAAAGAUGAGCCAGAAAACGUGUUAAAAACCGGCAUGAAACCAGACAAACAAACAGACGGACAAACAAACAUUUUGUAAUGUUAUGAAUAUAAAUGAUAAAAAUCAUCUGUGAUGAUUAUAAACUAUAACCAGAUUUUGUGCAAUACUCAGCUAUAACACAACUCUAUGAUUUGAUUAGUUUUGAGCCCCUCCAUGGCCAAACUUUUGUUGUCACUAAAUGUUGAAUCACAGAAACCUAAUUGUUGCAGGUUUAAAACCUUCAAAGUAUGAGAAAGUUUUUUAUACAAUAUCAUCACCUUAGUGCAGUAAUGGGCCAACUUUAUUAGAAAUUCAAUAGGAGUUAACCUUUUACAGCACUAAGGUGACAAUAUGUGCAUUCUUGUUCCACAGAGGGGACUUUGAGGUCUACCUUGACCAGUGAAGCUGGAAAACAGCCAUUUUAUCCCUUAGAGAGUGUAAAUGUGGCCAUUCAGCCAACAACUAAUGAUAUAAGUAAGAAUUAUAAUUAUGUGCACUUUUUUACACCAUCACUUUAACAAGGUUGAUGCAAAAACUACAGACAAAUAUAAUUUCAAGUUUGAUUUUCUAAUAACAAAGAUAGCUUUUCUAGUACAUUAAAAAAAACACUUUUGAAUGAUACUAAAAAAACCAGUUUGAUGUGAAACUGACAUUAAUUUUAGGUUAAAAAAGACAUAUUAUUCACUUAUAUCUACUAAAUUUCUAUGAGAAACCCGUUAUUUUUAUUGUACCAAUUCAGGGAUAUCGAAGAUCAAAAUAACAUACCAGUAUUGAAAUAUAGUGGUUUGUUUCAUAUUUCAGCAAUUCAAUUUGAUUCUACAAUAUCAAGAUAAUAUUUUGGCUUCUAAGAUGUGUAUGUCUGUGUCUUUAAAUGCCCAUUAAAUCUAUUUGCCAAUUUUCAGGCUUGCAUAGAUACUAUUGUUUCAUUUAUAUCCGACAUUAAUUUUUGAGUUUUUUUAUUUGGAAUGAAAUUAUAUAAGUUUUGUAUUUAUGUAAAACUUUGUUUUCAUUAGAGGAGCUGAGACAGUUCAUUUGACAAUGUAAUUAUUGUAUAUUGUAAUAUUUCUACUACAUGUUCAAAUCCAUAACUCUUUGACUAUAAAUCAUUAUAUACUUUUUAGAAGCAAACUUUGGAAGACAUCAAAACAGGAGUUCAUUGAAAACAUAUUCAUGGCUCUUUUAACAUUUUUUUGGAGCAUGGAUAUUAAUUAUUUAUAUAUUUUACUUUUAAUAUACUUUGUACAUUCACGGACCUUUAUUGUCAAUUAAGGUCUAUGGUACAUUGUACAUUUAAUAUACUGUUUUAGAAGCAAACUUUGAAAGACUACAAAACAGGAAGUCCACUACUGUAGCAUUUUUAGAGGGCACAAGUUCAUUGCAUGUUGGUUGAUUUCCAUUUCUCUUCAUUAAGCGUGUAUCAGUCCAAAUUACUGAAAAAUAAUAUGCCCUUCAAAAAAGCUAGAAAACAUUUUCAUUCUCAUAAAAAUUCUAGUAUAUUGUGUAUAAAUU